AUGGAUCGCGACCGCACCAUUACGCGGUGUGAAAUCGAGAGCAAAAUCGCCGACGGUCAAACUCUGGUCAUUUUUGAAGAUUACGUUCUGCGACUUGACUCAUGGCUCAAUCGACACCCUGGCGGACGUCUCGCCAUCCUGCACAUGGUUGGCCGGGAUUCGACAGACGAGAUCAAGGUGUACCACAGUGAGACCACACUGAAGACAAUGAAGGCCUACCGGAUUGGCCGGAAACCUAAUGGACCCUGGAUUAACAUGACACCACCCAUCCGGGGCGGCGUCUACACAAAGCAAGAAACGACAAACGCUACUGUUGAGGACGAUGUCAGCGAUUCCAGCAGCACCGAUGCAGAUGCCGACGCCGACGCUGAAACCACCGAUGAUGAUCGGUCGCAUCUUUCGGAUCGGACCUCUCUCACCUCGGAAUGCAGCAGCGUAGAUGGCGAUGCAUCGGCUGAGCUUGCGGCUGAUCAGACUAUCACAAAAAGACGAACAGCAAAGGCCCAGAGCCAUGCUGACAACGAUGCCAGCACAUCUGCACUCCCCACAGUCUCUGCUGCCGAGUGGACUGAAAAGUGCAUCCAAGAUGACAUUGAUCGCGACAUCUCCGAGUAUCCAUCGUUGAACCCGCUGGUGCAGGCCGAUAUCGUGCAGAAAUACCGCGAAUUACACCAGAAGGUGCAAGAUGCUGGCCUAUACAACUGCCCGUAUCUCGACUACGGCAAGGAGAUGGCUCGAUACACGACUCUAUUUGUCUCAUUCCUCGUGGCUCUACGAUAUGAAUGGUACAUGACCUCGGCUGUCUUCAUUGGCCUUUUCUGGCAUCAAAUCAUGUUCACCGCACAUGAUGCAGGACAUGGCGCCAUUACGCACAACUUCUCAUUCGACUCCCUCAUUGCCAUCUUCAUCGCUGAUUUCUGCUGCGGCCUUUCCAUGGGCUGGUGGAAGAGGAGUCACAAUGUCCACCAUUUGAUCACAAACCAUCCUGAGCACGACCCGGAUAUUCAGAAUGUCCCUAUAUUUGCAGUGUGCCCGGAGUUUUUCAAGUCCAUUAAAUCGACUUAUUACGAUGGCUUUGUCUUCGCUUGGGACGCUGCGGCCGAUUUCAUGGUCCCCUAUCAGCAUUAUACCUACUAUCCCGUCAUGGCCAUUGCUCGGUUCAAUCUCUACCUUCUCUCAUGGGGUCACGUCCUGUCCAAGAAGUCUUCAUCGCUCGGUAACACCACGGCAUGGUGGAUUCGUCCAACAGAGAUUACGUUCAUGGCCUGUUACUGGUUUCUCUAUGGAUAUUGCCUAGUGUGGUGCGCUCUCCCCACUUGGACCAUCCGCGUGGCAUUUGUGCUCGUCUCGCACAUCGUACCGAUGCCUCUUCAUAUUCAGAUCAACCUGUCUCAUUGGGGUAUGCCAACCUCGGACCUUGGUGAGACCGAGUCGUUUCCCCAACGCCAGCUACGCACCACGAUGGAUGUCGACUGCCCGGCUUGGUUGGACUUUAUCCACGGUGGACUGCAGUUCCAGGCUGUGCACCACCUGUUCCCGCGAGUGCCCAGACACAACCUCAGAAAGGCCCAGGUGUUUGUCAAGGAGUUCUGCAAGGAAACCAAUAUCCCAUACACCAUUCUCACCUUUACAGAUGCCAACAAGAAGGUGCUCGGCAGGCUAGAACAAGUCGGAGAACAAGUCAAGGUCCUUGUUCAAUGCCAACAGCACAUGGCAAGGGAAGGAGAGAUGGGCCUGCAUUAA